AGCUCCUCGCACUCUUCCCGCAGCAUCGCCAGGUUCUCCAUCUCCACCCGCUGGUCUAUGGUCACGCCGUGCUUGAGCAUCACCAGCCGCCCUCCCUGCAGGAUGCGCCACACGAAUUUGUCUAGGGCGUGCGGGAACUCGUCGCCGACGGUCGACUUCUUCGGCGCCUCGAAGCUGAGCUCGCGGGAUGCCACCGCGUGCACCCUGCCGAUGUAAUGUCCGAAGCACUCCUUGGGCGCUCUCUCCAAGAAUUGACUCAGCCACUCCUGUAUCGCCCUCUGUCGGUAUGUUUUCCUCUCUUCGACUUUCACGUGGUUUAAGUUGGGGGGUGGUGCGGUGACUGCACAACUCGCCUUGCAGUCCUGUGGAUUGGACAUCGUUUGGACUGAAGCUGUCGACGUAUGCAAGCGAUUUUUUUCAGGCUUUUUUUAUCAAUUUGUUUUUUGGGAUGCAGUGUAGUCACCGUAACGUCCCGACGGUGACUGCUGCGGGAGAGCAAAUAUCUUCCUGCUUUGGGUCACUGUGUGAUGUGGAAGACGAGGUGCGAAGUCUUCGUGAUGAUCCAUAAGAUGGAUGGCGGUUGGUCACCAACAGUCAGGCUGAAAAGACGCUUAAAUUUUCGGUUUUAGAGCACAGUUUGAACGUGAUACCCUGUUAAAAUGGUUGUCAGGUGAAAUGCGUCGCUCACGAGUUGCACUCGACAACCAUUUAACAGACUAUCGCGUUGCACCAGCGAAAGGCGUACACGCCAGGACGAACGCACGGGAAUCCUAUUCAUCUGAUCAUGGAUGUGGCACCAAUGCUAACCUCGCUGCGGUGAAAACACUCCUGUACCUUAAAACUCAUUCUGUACGUUCUUCAGACAUCAGCGGAUGAACGAAAUACUGAGUUUACGCGAUCCGCCCAGACAAAUGCGGGCGAUUUCUGCAUCGGUCGUAGAACCAAAGGUACCGAACAAAACCGUUAGCCUCAGCUGGAGCCUUGAGCGGGGUUAGCCCCAACUCUCUGCAGAUUACCUCUGCAGUUAUUUCCGUCCUGCUAGGGUUCAGUGCCAGUUGCCACCGUGUAUUCCAUGAAGAAAACAUGGAAGCCUUCGCCUCUCAGUCUCAGGGUCACAGAAUUUGUACGAGGAAAACUGUUGUUGCGUCAAGUUCAUUCCCUACGUCCACAACAUAGCAGGUGUCACAUUAGUGUAGCAGUGUAUUGCAAUCCUCCCUGUUAAGUUUAUCCAAGCAAUUGAGUUUACAGCAGAAUGCAACUCGAAUCCGUUUUUUGUUUUCGAGCAACUGGGAUCAGGAAAUUAAAGCAGAGAAAGAUCCAAGCUGAAGUUUCUGGAUAAAUGUGACGUUUAGCAAGUGUGGAGGUCGACUUUCUGGUAUUCCAUGGUUUUUCGGUCUUUCUGGACUUGCCUUCGGUCCAAUGGUAUCUUUCCAGUCAAUACUGUUGCAGUACCCGGAGGGCAUGAAGUAAUCUUCUCUGAUGGAGGCGUUGGACGUAAAAUUGAAGACUGGAUCACCGCACCAAAACAUUUCGGAAUUGCAGCAUUGAAUAGUUUCUGAUGCUGCAGGUUCAAAGCUUGGAACUGCACAACCUGCUGUGAACGACAAUCUUACCUUUCCCAAAACUAAGGUGUGGUGAGUUGUGGAUCAUCGGAUCCUUGAGUACUCAUGGCUACAAUGCGCCGUCUUUCUCAGGGAUACAUCACAGGGUCUGCAGUAUCUCAGUGGGACCAAUUGUGCCCUAAAUGUCAAACUAUUGUCAAGGAACAGGGGUAUGAGACAGAGCUGAAAUCAGGACCAAGUUUUCAAGUGCAGGUGGUGAGGCUCGAGAUGGAGAAGAAACUGAAACUGGUGGAGGACAGGCUUCACGAGAGAGAAGAGAGUGAGCGCGCGUUGCAGGAACAGAUCAUAUUUUUGUCUACAUGGGAUCCAGUUGUGAUGAGCCCGGGCUACACGGAUAUCAUCCUACAAUCUGGAGGUCACAUCGUCAAUGCGCACCGAGCAGUGCUUGCUGCAAAAUCCGAUGUGAUACUGAAGUUGAUGAAAGGGAACCUGGAUCAACUAGGGACGGUGUCAAUGGAGUUGCACAUUUUCCCAGAAGCGUUGGAUGCAUUUGUGCGCUAUUUUUACACAGGCCACAUAAGCCAUAGAGACCUCAAGAGGUACGCAACCAAACUCCUGACCGCGGCCAAGAGGUACGGGGUGAGAUCUCUCCAACUCGUCGCAGAGCGUUACAUUGCAAAGCAUGUUUCCAAAGAGACAGCUCUCAGUACCUGGGAACUGGGUACUGACCACAACUCAGAAAUCAUCAAGGAGUCUGUGCUGCAGAUUCUUGUGAAGGACGUGCAAGACAUUCCUAAACUCGGAGAGUAUCGCAUGUAUAGGUGCCAGAAGGACCCUGAACUCCUUGUUGGGCUGUUCGAAAACCUCCUUGGAAGAGUAACGUAACGAUUGCACACCUUCAUUGUCACAUGCUCCGUGUCACCGAACAACGGGCAGGAAAGUUGAAACCCUAAACACUUGCCAGCCCUAAUUUUCCAAUGCUUGAAAGAAACCUCUCCGCCCUUGAUCAUGUCCGUUUUCUGUCUCCACUACAGUCAAUUCCCUUCCAAGGGCUGCACGACGGCUGCGCAAAAGACCCAUUUCGCCACUCCAAGACCAAUUGGGUCAAUAUUAGGAUUGGAUCAAGCAAAGGCCGCUACACACAAGUAACAGCACACACCGCUUUUAACAAUGAAAGCGAGAGAUCCUCGGCGCCUCUUCUAACCGCAUGGGUGAAAUCCUAGACUGCUGCGACCUCCUAGGAACGACCUACGACCAGCACGGUGCGUCGAAGCAUGAGACCCACAAAAAACGAAACAGAGUGACAGAGUGUAGUCGGCCAAAUCCAGAAUUCCCAGCACCGCGACCCUAAAAUUUCAAGGAUUUUUUGGGUCGUUUGGGUGAAUGUGGACAAGAAUUCAAGUGGGUCGAACGCGGAUUAUUAUGUCUCUUGCUUCGAAUGGCACAAUCGGGCGCCAUUCGAAGCUCCGACACCAUCGAUUAGGGUUUGGGGAAACGAUGAACUAACUCUAAAGCAGCCGCUUCAGCUCGGUCUGGGACUCGCCGAACCUUGUGGGUCGGUAGUUUCGUGGCCACUCUCUUCAUUAGAAAUCGUGUCAUUUGUUUGUGAAAUGGGUCAUUCUCGAAAGGUUAUUACAGAAAUAAAGAAGAAAAAAAAAUCAAAAUCAAAAUCGGAA